UCCGGUGGGCAUUCUUUUCUUUCUUAUUGUAGAAGGCGAUCGCCUGAAUCCCGUCCCGAUCGUAAUCGUUUGAGAUUUUAUUUCUUACUGAUCUCCAGCUCUAAUGGGGAGUGGAGAAUCUGCCAACAAAGCAAUCAGAUUGGUUUAUAUAUAUCAUGGAUGUGAAGAUCAGAAUAAAUAGAAUACGCGUUUUCAAAAUCUGUCAUUUUCCCGACUCAUCGAUUUUAGUUAGUUAUCUGUUUAGAUGGCAUUCUGCUCCGCUACGCUCAGGCCCAACAUAGCUCUAGACUUCAAGAAAGUGAUUAGGCGAAACCUGGAAUUGAAGGUGAUCGCAGAGUCCUACAAUAAUACCAUUAUGCCGAGCAUCAAGAGCGAACUCGCCGCCGUCGUCCGAUGGCUCGACGAUCUUCUCUGCGGCGUCGCCAUCAUUCGUCGCAUCUCUAGUCACACUUUCAAUAAGAAAAAGAAGAAGCAACGACGUAAGGUUAAUGCUUACUCCAAAAUUUUUGCUGAGCUAAACAAGCUCAUGCUCUUCUCCUCUUAUCACGCUCCUCCCGAUACACUGGAGGAGACGAUGGCCCUGCUCCGUCUGCAGAUGGAUAAGAUCUCGAAGCGGCAGCGAUCAAUGAAGCGGUGGCGCAGAGUCUACACCGCUGUAGUCAUGGCUGUCGCUGUCGGCAUGCUCAUGGUCUCCAUCGGGCUUGCAUUCGCCGGGGCAGCUCCGGUGGCCAUCGCUGCGGCCACCUCGGGAGCAACGGCGAUCAAGGCAGUGGAGCCUUUGGUGAACGCAGCGUUGGAGGAGAAGGAGCGGAAGUUGAAGGAGGAGGAAGAGGUGGUCGAGAUGAUGCGGGAAGGCGAGCGGUUGCUGGUGCACGAAUUCAAUGGCGUUAGACGGCUAACGGAAGAGAUCGUGAACAAAUAUUUGAAUUUCGCAAAGCAUACUAAGGCGGGAGAGAAAGCGGCGCCGGAGAUGGUGAAGAUGAUUGACGAGAUAGAGAGCGACGCCAUGGAGUUAAAGGGAAAGAUCAAUCUCUACAGGUACCAGAUCGAACAAUUCCAGGUCAAAUUCAUCAGAAUGAUAAAAAAUUAAUUAAACAAUUGGUUAAUUUACAUGAUAUUUACAAAAUGUGCGAUUUGCUAGCAGUGAUUGCCCAUGCAGGUGAAGCAGCGGGCUGCGAACAAAAUAUAAUAUUUUAUUGAUUAAAUUGUAUAUAAAAAUAUUGUAAAUUAAAUU